AAUAUCGAUGAGAAAAUCGAUUGAACAAUUGUAAUUAGUCAAUCAACACCGGACUACGAGGGUCAUAGACACGGUAGCGAAAAUUCACUAAAAAUAAGGACUUCGCUUUUGUAGAGAGAAAUGGAGUCACCAUACGCCCCGUUGAGUGAAAGCUGCGCCAAGGCGCUAGCAGAUAAAGCUUAUGAAAAGCGUAAAGUCGCCUCACAAGAAAUAGAAAAAAUGGUGACAGAAUUCAAUAUAAAAAAGAACUCCAUUCAAAUACGUAAGCUAAUAGAGGUACUUUCUAAUGAUUUCGCUACAUCACGAGACCCCAAUCGACGUAAAGGUGGCUUAAUAGGAUUAGCAGCCACCAGUCUUGGAUUGGGAAAAGACUCAGAACGGUAUGUAGGUGAAUUGGUCACACCUAUUCUAAACUGUCUUAGUGACCCGGAUGUACGAGUUCGUUAUUUCGCUUGUGAAUCUUUAUACAAUGUAGUUAAAGUAGCCAGAGCUGCUAUCAUACCUUUCUUUCCAGAACUAUUUUCCGCUCUUUCACGAUUGGUGGCAGAUUCUGACCAAAUGGUAAAGGAUGGCAGUGAAUUGCUCGAUCGACUGUUAAAGGAUAUUGUCACAGAAUCUUCCCAAACUUUCAAUUUGGAAGCAUUUAUACCACUACUUAAAGAACGUAUUUACGUAAAGAACUCAUUCGCUAGACAAUAUGUUAUAUCGUGGAUAUCAAUCUUGAACGCAGUUCCCGAAAUAAAUAUGGUGAUUUAUUUAACGGACAUUUUAGAUGGACUUUUUACAAUGCUAGAAGACAACACUCUGGAAAUUCAACGAAUGUGUGAAACUACUCUGAGCCAGUUUUUAAAGUCAAUUCGAACUGACUCUUCUCUCGUGCGAAUGGAAGAUACAAUAAACAUUCUAAUCAUUCACGCACAAUCACCAAAUGAACUAAUCAAAUCAAUUGCUAUAACUUGGAUACGAGAAUUUGUGCAAAUAUUUGGACCAAAUGUCUUGCCUUAUGCUAGUGGAAUAUUUACAGCAAUUUUACCUUGCCUGGAGUACAAUGCUGAAUCUAAAAAGAGUAGUUAUUUUAAAACCGUCUGUAACCUGCACGCUUAUUAUUUUUUCCAUUUGGCAGAUAUUAAAGAAUGUGCCGUCUCUGUGAACAGCUCGAUAAUGUUACUAAUUUCAUCUAAAGAGCACAAAUCUCAAAACAUUGAGAAAAUUGAUCUACGUUCAGUAAUGGAAGUAUUAUCCCAAUAUUUGACGCAUAACUCGGUGCACACAAAAGUGGCCGUGCUAAAAUGGAUUCACCAUUUAUUUACACAUUUUCCAAAUGAGAUGUCGCCACAUGCAAACAAUUUAAGUGCCAACCUACUAAGUAUAUUAUCCGACAAUUCCGACGAGGUUGUGCUGCAGUGCUUGUCAGUACUGGCAGAAAUUUUAAACUCUACAUAUAGUAAAGAAUCUAGUGACUUUAACAAAGUACACUACCGCAAAUUCCUACUGAGUCUAAUCAACCUAUUUGGCGAGGAAAAGAAGUUUUUGGAUAAUCGCGCCAGCCUUAUAAUAAGGCAACUAUGCGUAUUACUAAAUGCAGAGUAUAUCUAUCGUACUUUCGCGGAAAUUAUUGAUGAAGAAGUUAUUAAAUUUGCCUCAACAAUGGUACGCUUACUUAACAUGAUAUUACUAACAUCUCCGGAACUCUUUGAACUGCGCAAUUCCCUGCGAGAUAUUACAAAUGAACACUCAGCCAAUUUAUUUAAAUGCCUUUAUAUGAGUUGGGCGCACUGCCCUGUUUCGACACUCUCUCUAUGCCUGCUAGCGCAAAGUUACCAGCACGUUUCACAGCUUGUGGCAUUAUUUGGUGAUGUAGAGAUUACUUUGGAACUACUGAACGAAUUAGACAAACUGGUCCAACUUAUUGAAUCACCGAUUUUUGCGCCCUUACGCCUAACUUUAGUAUCGAAAGCAAAUAACUGUGCAGAUGCCCAGCACUUAGCACACGCGCUCUUUGGAAUUCUUAUGCUUUUGCCUCAGACAGAUGCUUUCAACUUAUUAAAGAAUCGUUUGCAAUGUGUACCAAAUUAUUGGGGUCAAACGCCGAUCGACGAAAGAAAUUCCCUGCAGUACAAAAGCAACAUUAAAUUUGAAGAUCUGCUACAGCAUUUUAAGAAAGUCCAAAAAUGUCAGCGCGCGUUACGAAUUCAACAGAGACGUAAUAUUAUCCUACCUGAAGAGAAUUAACACAAAUAUAUUAAUAUGUAUGCACAUAGAUAUAGUAAAUUUAUUACUCCUUAAGAUAAUACUUUUAUAAAAUAUAUACUUAUACAAUAUAAAUAUUGUACGUACAUGUGUACAUUAGCGUGGUCCAAAAACGCGUGUGAAAAAGUAAGGUCGGGAUUUUAUGCUAUCAUCCCCUAGGAUGGUUCUAUACCGAGAAAAAUAGACCCCUAUUUUUUAUUUUGAAAUCAAAAAAUAUUUAGAGGUCGCUCAAAGCGCUCAAAGUUUUCCAUAUAUUUUAUA